UUACAGGCGAGCUGUAUGUCGAGGACUUAGGUGAAAGGCGAAUGGUAUCGAUUAGGAUGGGCUGGCUAUGGGUAGAAGGAACACCAAUGAGACUUGCACUGAGGGCACUGAACCUUCGUCAAGCAUCGCCUGGAAUAUGUCAACCACAUGCACUCGCACUUGGGUUUACGUUGAGUAAUUCUAAAGGCGAUCAUCUUGCUACUUUUUGGGCAGACACAGAACCAGCCUACUGGUCAUGGGUGCGUGCCAUAGCCUCGGAACUGGUCCGUCAGACGCCAUUUCGUGCCCAGCGUUGUCUCAACUUCCUCGAAAUCCUGAUGAUCUGCCCAAGAGGCCAAAUCACCCUUCCGGAGUCACCACCAGAGUCACGUCGUCGCUCUAGAAGCGAGUUGCGCUGCUGGAUAGGCAACGACUCUCCCCUAGACAAGGACCUGAGCAUCAGAUCUAACAUCCUAAUCGAGGACAAUCGUCGACGAGCGCGAAGCGAAUUACGCUGCUGGUCCAGCAGUAAUUCCAGCGACGAGGACGCGAUAAUAAUAAACGAGUACCGACCCCCACCACUCUCGAUUCUUCCGAAGAUUCCCCCCACCCGAGUCUGGGGCUGCAGUGAGAGUAGUGAGGGAAGCGACGAUAGCCUACCCUGGGCUACUAUUACCCCCACUUCUACGCUAUCCUCGACCCCCACUCCGAUUCUGACGUCACCUAUUCCCCUUCCAGAGGCUCCGACAAGGGAGCAGCGCAUUCAGAGGUAUAAAGAGGCCAGACGUCGCGAAAAUGAAGCACGGAGUCGUCGAGUUCUUGAGGAAGACGCGAGAAAACGACGCGCUAAAUUAGAGGAAAAUAAUAAUUGCCAUGAUUUUAAUAAGUACUCGUUAAUUAGAUUUAGGAGGUCUAAUUCGAGAUCUAAUUCUAAUGAGGAGGAUCUAAUUAAAUCUAUUGAUGUUGUCGACUCUAAUAAUUCUAAUAAUUAUUUAAAUUUUAAUAAUUCGAAUAAUUCUUCUAAUAAUUCUAAUAAUUAUUUAAACUCUUCUAAUAAUUCUAAUAAUUAUUUAAAUUCUUCUAAUAAUUCUAAUAAUUUGAGGCUACCACCUAUAAAACCAGAAAAAUUAGAUCUUAAAGUAUUAGAAGAUACGCGGAAUAAUAAUAGAAAAAAUUCCGAUGAAAUUAAACAAACAAAAUUAGAUAUUGGAGAACGACGAAGUCGAGCCCGAGAAAGAAGAACGGUAAGAUCUGAUUCCAAUUGCAAGCUAAUGGAAACUAAUGGCAAGGACCGGUGUGUAAUUGGAUCUCGAAUUCCAAUAUCAUUAGAUCUUAAAGUAAUCGGAUCUAGUAUUGGAAUUGAAAGGAGGUCUCCAGUAACCAAAAGUGAAGUUCUAAUUAAAGAGAUUCCAAUUAGUCCAAUUCAGGUGGCAGGAUCUAAUAAUACUUCAUUGACCGGAAAGAAGAGUCCUUGUGAAGAAGACGUUGCUAAGUUAUUAGCGAGAUGUCAGAGGGUCGAUCAUUAUGUGCCGGUAAAGGAGAAAUUGACGUUAUUUGAGUCGCUUUCGAGAAUGGGAGGGAGGUUAGCGAGAAGUACUGAGGAUUUGGGACGAACUUCGGCGCAGCCUAGUCCCAAGGGCAAGCAGAGGGCAAGAUCGCUGCAUGAUUUGAACAGAGGCGUCAAGACUGUUCCGGUGAGGGAGAUGUGUCGGUUGUUUGAGGGGGAAAAAGAGGGGAAGAGUGUGGAGGUGAGGGCGAAAAGUGAGGCGCCGUGUGUGAGGGCUAGUACUAGGAGAAAACAAUAUGGGAAGUAA